UUUCCCUCUACAGCAAAAAGGUAAGCAGACUUCUGUGGUACAACAUAGGACAACAUAGAUUUAUCCACUUUUGGAACAUUUUAAUUCAAUUUACUGAGAACCUUUUCACACUUUGUUUCCUUCCUGUUUUGUAUAAGUCGUCGUAGUCUGUCUCUGGAUCAACUAGAUUAAAUCACCGAAGGAGGUUCUAAUUGCUCCACUAAUGUCUUUAUUGAACAGUGAGGGUUUGCCUUUCAUGUCUUUACUGGUUAUUAUAUGUUUCUUCUAACAUCCUCAGUCUGUCCAUGUGAAUAUUAAUGACUGUAAGGUGACUUACUGUAGUCUCUCAGAUACUAUGACAAUGAAUACCCAUAGUAUCUGACAGACCAUGAAUACUCAGUAUCUGAGAGACUACGCAUACUCUCUGAGAGACUAUGAAUACCCAUAGUAUCUGAGAGACUAUGAAUACUCAUCUCAGAUACUAUGAGUAUUCAGUCCCAAGCUAUUGGCUGGAACUUACACGUGCCUUUUUCUUUUUUAUGUGCUGCCAACUUUGUGCUCAUGCAAAGACAAACAUUUUCUUUUCCUCUUGUGGACUUACUAGUUUGUCAGCUUUUUUAAUCUCUCUGUCCUACAACACACAGCUCAAAGUCUGUGCAAAAUGUGCUGCUGACUGGAGGCCAUGCUUCCGAGUUCUUAAAACUAUAGCAAUGUCUGUUUAGAUCAACACAUGGGAGCUGUUAUUUACACAACAGACUCAGUUAGGGUUCAUUCAUGCGGUCACUCAGUCGUCCCGUCGUGGCCUUGAUGGCGUACUCCACCAGCACUAUCGCAGAGGGCUGCUUUGGGAAGGUGUACAAGCAGAAGUACAACGAUACCUGGGCUGCUAUAAAGAAGGUCCCCCAACAUCUCAUCACUAAGAAGGACCUGGAGAGAGAGUGUGAAGUGUACAACAAGGCAAAUCAUCCCAACAUAGUGAAGCUUCUGGGCAACAUAAAUCUCAAAGACGGAAAAUGGAUCAUUCCUCUAGAGUUUAUCUUCGGAGAGGACUUGGAGACCACCAUCUUCAAAGCGUCAAUGUCUAAAAUAAAGGUGUCUCCUUCCGUUAAAGGCACUAUCAUCCUCGGCAUGUGUGAAGGGCUGCUUCACCUCCACUCCAGAGAUAUUGUCCAUCAAGACCUCAAGCCUGAAAACAUCAUGGUGGAGCAUGAAACGAACAGAGCCGUCAUCAUCGACCUGGGACUGGCCAAGUUCUUCAAAUAUGGCCUCAACUCUGCCAUGAACAUGGGGAACCCGGCCUACUCAGCCCCUGAGGUGCACAGGGGCAGCCAGAGGGACCAGCGCUCAGACGUGUGGGCCAUGGGUAAGAUCAUCGCUGAGCUCUGUGCCCGGAUUCGACUUCACACGCCCAGCGUCUGUCCCGCCAAGAUGGAGGAGAUCAUGAAGGAUCUGCCGUACUGCCAUGCUGUGUGCAGGAUGGUGGACCCCGACCCUUCUCUGAGGGCCUCCGUGGGCGGGAUCAUUAGUGAGAUACGAAGGGCCGCAGGUGCAGACACCGUCACCAAUACACCCGUUCAAAAAGAGCGUAAGGUACCUUCACCUAACAUUAAUGUCAGAAACCCAUCUCCGUCACCAGUGGACAGAGGAGCUUCUCUAGCGAACAGAGAUCCAUUGCCAAUGAACAGAGCUCCUUCACCGUUUAACAGGGACCCAUCACCAAUGAACAGAGCUCCUUCACCGUUUAACAGGGACCCAUCACCUAUGAACAGAGCUCCAUCACCCUUUAACAGGGACCCAUCACCAAUGAACAGAGCUCCAUCACCCUUUAACAGGGACCUAUCACCAAUGAACAGAGCUCCAUUUAACAGGGACCUAUCACCAAGGAACAGAGCUCCAAUUAACAGGGACCUAUCACCAAUGAACAGAGCUCCAUUUAACAGGGACCUAUCACCAAUGAUAGCUCCUUCACCUAAAAGUGAUCCAUUACCACGCCACAAGUCUCCAUCACCGCUGAAAUGGGAGCGCUCACCCAAACCACACCUUCAACCUUUGCGGCCUCAAGCCGCAAUGCACAUCCCUCCUACCCCUCAGAGGACAGAGGACAGGAACAAAAACCAGGCUCUGGUCCGGACAGGCAGAUCCGAGCUUACCCAAGACUUCCUGAAAAUGAAUUUGGAUCUGCCCUGCAACCUGCCCACAACAGGGAGGGUGGUGGUGCGGCGCUUUGAGGAGAAAAACGGGGAGGUUGAAACAUGGGAGCAGAAGGAGGUGGUGACUCGUGAUGGGAAGAUAGUCAAGUUCGACGACGUCAAGUUUAAUAACAAGUCAGACUAAGAGUUUGAGGAUUUGUCGUUCGGCGGAUGAUUACUUAAGCUGGUUAAAUGGUUAGUUCAGGGUCAACUAACUUUUAGUAUUUUCUUAAGAGAGGGUGUACAAUACAUUUCCACUGUGCAGAAGAGUAAACUGAGAUUAAGUUACAGGAGGCAUCUGUUUUUUUAGCACACAUUAAAAAUAACAAAAACAAUAAGAAGACAUCUUGAAAUGGCUUUGGUUGUGCAUUAUGUUCAGCCAUGUUUGGAAUUUGAUUGAUAGCUCAUUUACUUGCCAAGAACGAAAGAUCUGUAGGCACAAACGACAAUCUGUGAAUGUUUUUCAGCAUCUGAAUGCAUAAGACUGUGAACAUGGCUCAUUCAUUAUGUGUAUGUUUAUGUAUGUAAAUAAAUUCAGAAAUCUCAAUUUAUAGAUUUUGUUUCUUUGGGAUGCUUUGUGCCUGUAUUUAUUGCAACUGUGUUUCAUUAGAUUGUCGUUACUUUAGCUGUUUUAGUAAUAAGAAAAACAUCUGAGCAAGUAAUGAAAAGAAGCCAACACUAUAAUUGAUGGUUGUAAAAAAGUAGUUACUGAAAUCAGAAUCAGACAACAUGGGCUCGUAGCAUACAACAAACAAACUAUAAUAUAAUACAGGUGUAACAGAUUUUCAUUAAGUCCAAUAUUUACAAGCUACAUCCAUCUUCCAUGGGUCAAGAAAGUCUCUGUCCACAUUUCAACCCUAUUGACUGAACAAUGAAAAUAUGUUAAUAUUGCUAAAUGUGUCAAUCACUGAAAUAUUUGUGUUUUGUUUGUUUGAUAGUUAACUGGAUAUGUCAAACUUGUUAAAAGAUUUAAAUUAAACUUGGUG